AUGGAGAAAUGGCGAGACUAUGUCCUGUUUUGGGGUCUUUACCUGAUUGCCCUGAUUUUCAUGACCCUUCGUAUUAUCUCGAGAUUUUCAAUUCGCGAGCGCCUGAAAGCGGACGAUUACUUCGCCUUUUCAUCGUUUGCUCUCCUAUCGGUUGAAACAGCAAUCCAUACAGCCGCGGUUUCGCCAUAUGUCGACGCGUUUAACGUAGCGCAAAACAGCACAGAUUUCGGGCGCGCUCUGUCGGAGAGCCCAGCUUUGAGAGAAAAUGUGACAGUGUUACUCCGAUACUCUUUUGCUUCUCUCAUCAUCUUUUGGCUUACGGUAUGGUGCGUGAAAUUUUCGAUGCUUUUCUUUCUUCGGCCAAUUAUGUUGCCAAUCCCAGUGUAUCUGGAAGGCUGGUAUAUCGUCUUCGGCUUCACGGUAAUGAAUCUCGUCGGGUGUUUUCUUAUACAGUUCUUCGGGUGCUUGCCUUUCGGCCUUAACUUCUCAAUCGACAAUGAUAACUGCGUCUCCGGGAUCUCUAGGGAGCCAGGCAAGCUCUACGGCACGACAGCCUUAGAUACUCUAUCUGACGUGAUGAUCGUCAUUCUCCCAACUCGACACCUGUUUGAACUCCCGGCAACAAAAAAGCAGAAAGCGGGUCUCGUUGGCAUAUUCGCGCUGGGAUGGAUAAUUGUAACACUGCCCUUAUCCUCUCUAUUGCAGAACUACUGGCGAGAUCAAUUUCUGACGAAGCAUCAGAUCGCAUUUUCUCUCGUCCGAGCAAUCCAUGCAUCCAGGGCAGGAGACAACUACCUUGGCCCAAUAAACCAG